AUGACGACCUUCGAGCCCUCACUCAGCACCACCAUGCGCGCUUCCUCGCACGAUGCGCCGUCCAUGGCCGACCAACUACCCAGCAUCAAUUUCGGAUUCGACGACUUGCGCAGUCGCAUGAACCAGUUCACUACACGAUUUGACGCCUUUAUCGAGAAUGGGCGAAGACGAGUGCUCGAAGAACGCAACCAGUUUCGCAUGAACGUUGCAGAACUCCAUGAGGAUCAACGCAUGAAGAAGCGCGACAUCGAGAUUCUCGAACUCAAGACAGCCCAGCACAGCCAGACUCUUUCCAAGGAAUCCCAAGAAACAUCUGAGAUGCAAGAGGCCAUCUCCGCCCUUACCCUCCAGCGCGACGAGCGCCUAGCGCAUCGCGACAGCCUCCGCACACAGAUUGCUGAAGUGCAAAAGACCAUCUCCGCACGUCGCGAAGCCCAACUCAAGCACCGCAGAUACCUUGAUGGCCAGAGCCGGUACAACGAGCCGGAACUCGACUUCUGGGAAAACUAUCUGGGAUUGAGAAUCGAGGGACUUGGCAAGGACGAUCGACUCAAGUUUGUGUAUACCAACGUCGACGAGCGAGAGUGGGAUCGCGAGGCAUGGUUUGAGCUAGACACUAGCGAACGCGACUACAGAGUGUUAGAGAUGCGGCCCAAGGUUGAGCGCGAAGAAGUCGAGACGGUUGUGGAGAGACUAAACGAGACACGCGAUCUAGCAGGCUUCCUAAAGGGCAUGCGCAAGUUAUUCGUGGAAGCUUGCAAGUGA